AAUUGGGCUCAGGUUUAGUUGUGGGAAGAAAAAGGGACCGCGCGGAGUGGCGAAAGGGUAAGCAAAGCGUUAUCCAUCCCGUCCGGACACGCCAACCGCUCGCUCCCUUGCGCGCGACUGCGCUACCGCCGGCGCCGCCGCGUCGGCAUUAGCUUGCCGCGCGAUGGACAUGUGUGCCCCACGCCGCCUGCUCCUCUUCUCACUCCCCACCCCGAAGCUCUCUCCGGAGCAUCCUUUGUUCAGGCAACGGCGCAGGGGCAGGACCUGGCCCGGCAUCGCUCGCUGCGCCACUGAGGUUGGCACUGGAUGGGGAGGCAUCGUCGAGGACGACCUUUCUGAGCUCCUGCAGAUUCUCCCGAGAGAUUUGCGAGAUAAUCUACAGAAUGAGCCUAGAAAGGACCAACUUCUGGAGGUCAUUCUGGAUUUGGGAAGACGACCAGAGGCACGAUUCCUUGGUGACUCCGGUGGCCAAUAUCUACGGGACAGUGAGAUCUCACAAAAAGAGUUGGAGGAUGCUCAGAAGGCUGUAGGAGAGUUUGGAGGUGACAACCGUGCAGGAAUUGAAGGUACUUUACAUAGGAUAUCUGCUAUAAGGAGUAGGAAAGGAAUGGUUGUUGGUUUGACCUGUCGAGUCGGCCGAGCUGUUACUGGGCAUGUUGACAUGGUCCGUGAUCUCCUAAAUUACAAAGAAAGUAUCCUAUUUUUGGGAAGGCCUGGGGUCGGCAAGACUACUGUUAUGCGUGAGAUUGCGCGUGUUUUAGCAGAUGAAUUUCAGAAAAGAGUGGUAAUUGUGGACACAAGUAAUGAGAUUGGUGGGGAUGGGGAUGUUCCUCAUGCUGCGAUUGGUGGAGCAAGAAGGAUGCAAGUACCUGAACCAUCAAUGCAGCAUAGGGUGAUGAUUGAAGCAGUUGAAAACCAUAUGCCUGAGGUGGUUAUUGUAGAUGAGAUCGGAACUGAAGCAGAAGCACAAGCUUGUCGAUCAAUUGCAGAAAGGGGUGUUAUGCUUAUUGGCACUGCCCAUGGAGAACGACUUGCAAACAUCAUUAAGAACCCAACCUUAUCUGACUUGAUUGGAGGUGUAGAAACUGUUACCCUUGGAGACGAUGAGGCUCGUGCUCGACGGAGUCAGAAAAGUAUUCUGGAGAGGAAAGCUCCUCCAACAUUCCCUUUCCUUAUCGAGAUGAGGGAGCGGCAUUACUGGGUAACACAUCGGACAGAAAGGAGCGUAGAUAUGCUACUGCAUGGUAAGAAGCCGCUGGUUGAGGUUAGGAAAAGGGAUAGCGAGUUUCAGGUUGUAAUUGAAAGAUGGGCAACAUAUGAUGGCGAUGGACUCUGAACUUGAAACCCUGUCGUCAUAAUUGCUUCUAUCAAAGUUCUUAAUUUAGUACUUGAUGUUUCUGUGGACAAGUGUGAUCUACACUACCAAGCCUCUUGUUCUGAGUGGAUUGCAUGGGCGAACAUUCGACUGACAAGUGACAACUAUCCGAAGCCUGUUCUUACACUGAAGGCAGCCCACGAAGCAAUUUUGACAUUUCAGCUACUUUUUAGCGGUCGAAAAUUGAUGUCAAUUCUAAUGUAUAUAUAUUUUCCUGUAAGAGAAGGAACCUAAUGUAUGUCAGUGCUUCUAAAUUGUAUGAGAUGUGUACAUAUGCAUAUGCAUAUCCUUAUUGUUGUUAAUAUACUCAUUCCCCCUUUUCUUUCUUUUUUAUUUUCCCCUUUGAUUUUUAAACAUUGGUGAACUGAGGUCCUCUAUUUUACUAUGUAUGUGAGUAUUCAAUGUUUUCUCUAA